AUGCUCGCAUACCGGACGGAAUGGCGAGUCUGCGCAGACAGAGAAGACAUUGCUGGCAGCAUCGACUUCGUCGCAGAGCUCCAGGACGGAAGCAAGGUGUUGGUGGAUUGGAAGCGCACACGCAGCAUGAGCAAGAAGAGUGAAGCCUUCGGCAAAUUCCUACGUCCACCCUUGAAUUCCGUGCCCGACUGCGCCCUGUGGCAUUACCGCUUGCAGCUGAAUGUUUACCGCUACAUCGUCCAAGAGUACUACGGCCAAGUCGUGUCUUUCAUGUACAUAGUAGGCACGCACCCUGACAACGGCGACGAGCCCUGGGUCGAGAACGUACCGGUUCUGCACCACGAAACCCAAGCAAUGCUCCUUGCCUGCGCCGCCAAAAAGAAAAAGCCGCACGCCCGCAAGAAAGACAGUCGAUUCAACCGAGGCAUGCCAUGGCAAAAUCGCUGCAGCACGAUCGUGCCGCUGCUGCCUCCCUAUCUCGAAAAGGCAGACCUGAUACCGCUCCUCCAGAUGGAUUCGAGAACGAGGGACGCAAGCGCCAAGAUCGUUCCCCGCAUACGGCGCAUCAUCCACGAGCUGCGCUUCGCACUGCGACCCCUGGUGGACGGUCGACUGCGCCUUCCCGGCUUGGCCAACCCAUACAAACUUCGCAUUCGAGCAUCGCGGCCACACGAAAACUUUUGGAAGGACAUGGAUAGCCAUCCCCAAGCUUCCACGAUGGGGACACAAGAAGCCGCCAGAAACUGGUUGGAACAGGCCGGACUCGGCAGCUUGAAUCCCGCCGAAGCCGUGCUGGUGAUCAACGCCUGGCCGAAAGCAACUCGAGCGGCGGGAAUGCUGGUCAGCGACUUCUUGACGGCUUCGCGAGCCCGGUUCUAUUACAUGCCGUCCGCAGAGAUCAACGACGGAGCCCGCCUCAUCAUCAUCUUCCGGAUAGAAGGAUUCGAAGGAUCCAUCGAGACGAGCAACCCGCCGAGAUCCAAUUAUGUGAUCGGGCGAACUUCCAGCGCGCGCCCGCCGGCCCGCAUAGCACAGGACGCAGCGCAGAAGCAAAAUAGCGAUCCGCAGAUGCCGACACCUGAGCAGGGCGGAAAUUUCGCCGACAGUUGGACUUCCGGGACAGAAAAGGAACGGCGGGAUGGCACCGACGCGGUGCAGGAGCUCUUGCCGAAGACGAAUGCCGAGCAAGCCCCAGAGGCAGAACAACCUGCCGCAGACAUCAACGACGAGGGGACUCAAGAUGGACCGCUGCAAGUCACGGAGACGGACAUCUGCAGGCCAGAACGACAAGGAAAGCAAGCGGAAAGGAAGCCCGGCAAAGAGAACUGCAGCAGCCGCGCCAACGCGUUUCCGCCUCAGCCGACACGUUCAAGCUCGGCACCUCCGACACGAGCCACCGAACCUGCCGUGACGCAGCUCGACGGCAGCGAAGAGGUCGCCGACACAUCAAUGAUACCGACCAGACCGAACUCGCAUCCUAUGAAAGACGACCGAAUCAUGUCGCUGAGCCAAGCGACCUUGGACAGACUGCUGACAGGAACGCAGAGUACGGUCAUGCACGGGCGACGCUCCAAAACCGGCCCCGUUUGGCUAGCAAGCCAAGGGGUCAUCCACGGGUACGGCGACAUCGCGAGCGCGGAGGAAAUGACCCCCGACGAGAUCAACGCACAGCGCGUCGAGGGCUGGCACCACGGCAAGGCGCACAAGAAGAGCUAUGGGAUUCGCAUCCACGCGAUCAGACGCAUAGAACCUCUCGUCCCCUACUUCCGACCACCGCGCCAAUCCAAAUGGGACAGGUACAUCCCCAUGCCAAAGAAGAGAAGUCGAAGUCCAUCCUCGGAAGGGGCAAGCGGAGCCGACGUGCACAGUGAACGCAAAGAUCGCAAAGUCCACGAGAAGGAGCAUAAGGACGCAGCCACACAGUCCGAGGACUCCGGCGCGAAGUUGAAAGCCCCGGCAAACUCCACGAGAAGCAGCAAGAAUCCAUGGCAGCAGAGCAACAAUGCGGUAGUCGCGCGCUUGCUGACGGCCCGAGCAAACCCGAACUUUCGCAGCUUCCUUGCGGAGCCACCUCUGAUCCAAGCAUGCAUGCAAAACAAGCCCGACACCGCACAGCUGCUGCUGCACGCCAAAGCCGAGUUAGGGAAACACCUCCUGCGUGCGAUGUUCCUGUACGACAUCGACCAGGCCGGGCAAAUUCGCUCGACGAACGCGGCGGAAGGCCUCCGGAUCAGGCUACUUCACGACGGGCAGAGGCUUCGAAAGAAUGGCGUUCGGCGCUUCUCUUCCGCGGAGGAUUUGCAGGUAGUCCUCCUGCCCUACGUGCGGACCAACAGCAAUAGCCAAGUCUCCCGAAACCUCCGAGAAGCUCUCUACGAGCAAGACACGGCAAAAUUGAAGAAAUUGCUUUGGCGACCGGUUGAUCCAAACACAACCUUUCCCCGAUACCUCCCGCGUCCUAUCACAGCAUUGGAGUUUGCGUUGCUGAACCAGGGACCACGCACGAAAACGGUUCUGUUGACGCUGCUAGAAGCCAAAGCAGCUCUUGACCGGCCCGAAAACCAAGGGAUGCUCUGCACGGCACUGAAGCACGGAGAAGACGAAUGCGUGCGACUGCUGCUAAAGCAUCGGGCCGACCCGAACGGUUCCAAGAACCGAAUAAUGCCCAUAGACAUAGCAUGCCAGCGUCGUCCCGAGCAAGGGUCAUUUCAGCGUGAAGCGCCCAAGACAGUAGCCAUGUUGCUGUCAGCAAAAGCAGACGUACAGCCCAUGCUUCGGGAUGCCAACAGCUGGGCCAUGCAACCAACCCCAAGGGAUUAUCUAGAUUACAUACAUCCUCGCACGCUCGCCAGCACCGUAUCCUUGGUGCGUGCUGCAGUGAUGCACGCAAACCCGACGUUCAUGCAGCAACUCGUCCAGACUGCCGAAAACGCGAAUGUUUGCAUCCUGCCCGCAUGCCUCUGCAGCGCAGCCUACGGAGGCAACGAGCAUGCCGUACUCUGGCUUCUGAACGCGCAAGCCGCAGUGGACUCGCACAUCUGCCACCUCGUGCUGAGGGGAGCUCAUCACCUCCUCUUCAGCGUCCAUGCUCGCCGCACAGCCCUCGCCCUGGCUGCGGGCAGAGGUCACUGCGGAAUAGUCGCAAUGCUGCUCCGAGCCAGAGCGGAUCCGAAUACAAGACUGGACGGACAGACGGCCUUGUUGCAAGCUGCAGCACACGGAGCUCCCGAAACAGUGGUGUGCUCAAUCUUGAAAGCUGCCGGAGAAGUAAACCGAGAGGACAGCUUUGGCCGCACCGCUCUCAGACUCGCUUUGCUUUACAGAAAGCCGCCAGAUUUGCAGGUCGUUCAGGCGCUGUUGCAAGCCAAAGCCGACAAACAGCACAGAGACCAAUUCGGCAGAAGCCCUCUCAGCAUUGCAGCUCAGAAACUCGACAGCGCACUCCUGAAUCUGAUGCAAGACGACGCGAUGCAGAAGUGA